CAACCGGUCUUCAUCUCAGGCCGCGACGACGGUCCUGCUCCUGCCCACGGCGGAUCGCGGGGCGAGCCAUGAACUCGCUCUCUUACCUGUCUCGCCAGUUCGACCACCUAGCUUCUCCUCGGGCUCCGCCAUCCAUCCCCGUCCUCGCCCGUACCACUGCGAUCCUCGACGGAGACGUGCACAGCAUCAAGCGGGUGAAGACCUGGACUAAACCUUUCUCCAUUCAGCCACCUCCUGUUGCACCCAGAGAUGUUCCGCCGAACUCGCCCAAGCGGUCCCACUCGUCGCCCGGCGCAGUCUUUCCUCCGUCAAUGCCGAAGUCAGUCCAGGCAUCGCCGCUCAUCAAAGUCAAGACAACCGCAAAUGAAAACGUCCUCCGAAGGAUGUUUUUCGUCCGGGUCUUUGUGACCCUGUGCAACGCAGUGCGCGGAUUCUGGCAUUCCUUGACAGGAGCGCGUUCGGGACGAAGGGUGGACCGGGCAGCAGAAGAAGGGCCGGAAGCGGAUGGGAAGGAUAGCGAAAUCGAACCCAAGGAUGAGCUGAUGUUCACUCCGACACCUACCACACCGGUCGUAUCUGUCCAACCCGCACCGGCCAUCCCACCACAUCUGCCACGGUUACACUCGGACCCUGCGGCGCUAUUAGAUGAGAAGCAUGUCCUCACUGCGACAGAAGCCCCAGUAGCUGGCAGUGCGCGCAAAACCCCGUUCCACUUACCGAAGACCUUGGUGCUGGACCUUGACGAAACACUCAUCCAUUCGACGUCCAAGCCUCUGAAUCAGAGCCUCGUCAGCAGAUCCGGCAUUUUGGGAUGGUUUGGCUUCGGGAAGAAGGGGAAAGGCACUAGUCAUAUUGUCGAGGUCAUGUUAGGAGGCCGAAGGACCGUGUAUCACGUCCACAAGCGACCUUUUGUAGACUACUUCCUUAGAAAGGUUUCGACAUGGUACACCCUCGUAAUAUUCACGGCCUCAAUGCAGGAAUACGCGGAUCCCGUCAUCGACUGGCUGGAUGCUGGGCGCGGCAUAUUGGAGCGGCGGUUCUUCCGGGAGUCAUGCACGCAACAUCCUAAUGGUUCUUAUAUGAAGGAUCUGACUUUAGUAGAACAAGAUCUAUCACGAGUUUGCCUGAUAGACAACUCACCGGUAUGCUACACUCUGAACGAAGCCAACGGCAUUCCCAUAGAAGGCUGGACGCAUGACCCAUCAGACGAAGCCCUCCUCGAUCUACUCCCUGUCUUGGACUCGUUGCGCUUCACGGGCGAUGUUCGGAGAGUAUUAGGUAUUCGUGGAUUCUCAUAACACUCGCAUCGCAUGGAUUCAUCUCCACCGGGCCGAUGGACAAUUCUGGGCUCACCGUCUUUUCCUCUUCCUCUGGCUCCUCCGUACCAUUCGCAUAACUUAAUACUCGCAAUAACGUGGCAGAAAUCAUUCAGCGAUCCCAAUAAUCAACUGCUCUCCAUCCAUGUAUAAUUAC